ACGCGCUGGGCGGCGAUUCAGCAGCAGGCAGCCGAGUUCCCCAAAGGAGGAGGGGAAGCCGACGGCGGCGAGCGAGAGCGCACCUUCGUUUCGCUCAUCGGCCCGUCGAGGGCGGAGCAGCGGAGACAGAGAUCCGGCUCGGACGCCCCCAAAGGCCAAGAGGGGAGGGACCUUUGGCCCGGAGGGCGGAGUCGCCAGCGCCUGCCACUCCCACCCAGCCCAGCCCAGCCCAGCCCUCCGGCACUUUGCCGCGGCAGCCGGCAACAUGGACGGCUCGGCGGCGGAUUGUAGCGCGGAAACGUCUCCCUCCUCCGCGGAUUCCUGCGAAGAAUUCCGCGCUGCCUUGACCAUGACCAAAGGGCUCUCCAUCUUUCUCGACGUACUGAGAAGAGCAGAUAAAAAUGAUGAUGGCAAACUGUCCUUUGAUGAAUUCAAAGCUUACUUCGCUGACGGAAUCCUGAGCAGAGAGGAACUGCAUGAGCUGUUUCACACCAUCGACACGCACAAUACAGAGGACAGUCCCAGAUUUACAGAAGGCAUCCCAGUUCCAGAUUUGAUCCCGGAACAUCCCAAUUUUCAGCGGAGAAAUGUUGACAGCAACCUUGACACAGAAGAACUUUUCGAGUAUUUUUCCCAACACUUGGGAGAGUAUGAAAAUGUGCUGUCUGCUUUGGAAGACCUCAAUCUAUCCAUACUGAAGGCAAUGGACUCCACAAAAAAAAAUUAUCAGGAGGCUUCCAAGUUGGAACAGUUUGUGACUCGCUUUCUGCUGAAAGAAACAGUGAAUCAGCUACAGUCGCUCCAUAAUUCCCUGGAGUGCGCCAUGGAAACCACAGAGGAACAGACCCGUCAAGAUAAACAAAGGCCAGCAAAGCCAGAGGUGCUUGCAGUUAAGCAGCUGGGAAGACGUUCAAGUCGAAGACUCCAAAGGAACAGCAGUUUUUCUCCAGUCAGCCCUCUUUUUAACCAAGGCUGGUUGGAGGAAGACAACCAGUGGAUGACCCAGAUAAACAGACUCCAGAAACUGAUUGACAGGCUAGAGCAGAAGGAUCUAAAGCUUGAGCCACUGGAAGAAGAGGUGUCAGAAGAAAACACUAAAUCUCACAUAAUGAUAGUUCAGCGUCAGAUGUCAGUAAUAGAAGAAGAACUGGAGCAAUUCCGGUUUGCUCUGAAGCAGUAUGUGGACACGGCCUCUUCUCAAGACGGAUGCCUGCAUGUUUCUAUUCAGAGGUUUUCUGGUGAAUCUCGCUUCAUCAUUUAUGAAUUCUGGGAGAACAAUGCCUGGAACAGCCACCUGCAGAUGAACUACAGCAAGACAUUUCAAAGAAGUAAUGUGGAUUGCCUGGAAACUCCAGAACAUAUUACAACUAUGCUAGUGCCUGCUUCCUGGUGGAUCCUUAACAACAACUAGAAGCUUCGCUAUAAUUCCCAGUUAAUGACAUAUGUUCUGCAUUUCAAAAAAACUAUUAUAAAGCCUCUAAAAUUAGCAAAUAACAUUCCUUCCAUUUUUAAAAAGGGCCACAUUGUACAAGUUAUUUGUUGCUACUUUAUGGAAUUAUAUAAUGGUAUUUAUUGAUGUUAAUUUGUUUCAUAUGGCUCUUUAUGUUAUUGUGCAUAGUGCUUUUAUUGUAUGUUUUAACUAUUUGUAAAUAUUUGAGAAAUCAUUUUUGGACACAAAUCAGGAUGUAGAUUUUAACGUAUAUGCUUACAUUGGACAUUGCUGCCUUUUGCUUAAUAACAUGGUGUGCACUGAAGUCAGCCCAACAUGGAUACUAAGAUAUUCUAUAUAACAUAUGUGAACUAAAUGGGAAGCAUGACUCCUGGAUUGACACGUUUUUCAUUUAUAUUAACAACUCAUAUUUAGCUGCUGCUGCUACUCUGUUAAGUAAGUCAAGCUUACUAUUUAUUACUGAAAAAUGGAAAGAUCAGCUGUAAGCCCAUGCACACCCAAAAGAUCUUCAAGAAAAACUUUGCCCAUGGAAGAAAGUGCUAUUCCAUCUCUACAAGGAUUAGCUCAAUUUUAAAACCUGUUUGCAGCCUUCGGAAAAGAUCAGAAACACAGGCCAUUUACCAGUCUUCCUUCCAACAAUGAUAGGUCAAGUCACAAAUGAGAAUGGAUUUAGCUGUCCACCUUCAGUGCAUUUCAUUUGUAUAAUUUGAACUGAAUGGCUGCAAAGUUGAAAUCGUUCAAGUUACCUGUAACAAUGUUUAUGACAAGGAGGUCCAUUUAAGGAACACAUAGCCCAGUAAGGAAGGCAGAGCGCUUAAAAGCUCUCCACCUUGUGUGGGAGGCAAAGUCCAUUUGCUGCACUGGCUUUGGAGUGAUAGGGAUGCGCACAUGGGGGCAGUUCCAGAGGUUGUUCUGACUAUACACAAUUUUGGCUUUACGCGCAGUCCCUAGAACGUAAUCCUCCACAAGUUGCAAGUAACCAUUAUUUGUAUAUCUGUCUACAAUGCCAACUUAUCUGCUGCUGACAAUCACAAAGUGAGAUAUGUUUAGCAGAACAAACUACUAUUUUGUUAGUACAAAAAGCAGGAUAGGACUUAGCGUCUAUAUAGAUCCACUGCCUGGUGCCACAGAGCUAUGGCAGCUAGCAACAGCUAUCGUUAACCUAGAAAGAUAUCACUUGGUUAUAGAGAGUAGUAUCAAGCUUUAGUCCUACUCAACAGGCCCACUAAAAUCAAUGGACUUAAGUUGAUUCAUUUCAACAGGUCUACUCCCAAGUAUGACUGUUUUGUAUACUGAUGACUAAAGUUAAGACAAUAAGAUCAGUGGCUUGUAGUCACAUAAGUCACUCUACACAGAGUUUAAAAUCCACACCACCCUGAAUCAAUCUAGUUUAUUUAGGAAGAGUUACAGUGAUUGAUGGAAAAAGGUGAAAAAAAUGGAAGGGCAGAGAGGGAUAAAAUUAUUAAAACAUACCGCUACUAUUUAUAAAUACAUUAGAAAUGUUAUAACACUAGGGGAAAAAUGGCACAUUCUAACGAAAGUCAAGUCCCAAUGAUUUCAAUGGAAGAGAUUUAAGUAUGUGCUUUUAUAAAAGACUAGCCAGUAUUUUAGAUAUACAUAUAUAAUACAGUGUACUUAACAUUCACUAAGGAUAGAUACAGAGGAAUGUUUACCAUGUGAUGGUGGUUUGAAGGCUUACUGUAAGGUGUAUGUAGCCAUGAGGAGUCAGUAGUUUAUAGCAGCCGACCAAUGAGAAUAGCCUUCGUCACCAUUGCACAUAUCUAAUCAGUUGCAGCAAAAGUGAUCAAGUGAACUCGCAGUCCUUCGGACACCACAGCUAUGGCAGUAUGGUGUCAUAGGCAACAUUUCCAAAUUUGAAAAGUGAAGUGGUUCUGCCUCAUUUUAGCAGUUCUCUCCUUUAUAACUACAAAAGCUCAAUGAACUAUUGGUUUAAGUCAUACAAAACUUGAAGUUUUCACAUAAGUUUUCUGUUGAAAACAGCUUUACUUCCGAAAUGAACUGAUGGGUACACCAACUGUAAAAGAUAAAUUUUGAUUACAGUCUAUUGGCAUUACAGAUCCCAUUCCCUUAAUUUUUAGUGGUGAAAAAGACACAUUCCUCAUCUUCAGAAAGACCUAUUGUUGCUUGCAGUAGGUAGUAAAUAGUUUUUCUACAAGACAAAAUGUCCCACCACCAAAUUUAGUUAAUGAAGAAUAUUUGCAAUAGAUAUUUAAGCAAGCUUAAGGGCAAUCACACCUCAGGACUAGACUCUGAGCAAGUAUUUAAAAAGCUGGGAGCACACAUUUAUGCGUAAAACUACAGAAGGGAACCUUCAGCUCACACGCCUCCCCAUUUAGCCCAUGACAUGGUUUAGUCAAAACCACCCCCACCUGACCAUCACCAAAUGACAUUUAACAUCAGGCUUGAGACAGGUAAACCAACAGUACCAACUGAAACGGGAGAAACAGAAGCACACUUAGAUUCUUCCUCCCCAGACACUUGUAAAAUUCGAUUUCUUUCAAUUUUGGAGCCUUUUUUUCCUGAUUCCCUGCAGCAACAAUACUUUGUAUUGCUGUUUGUUUUUAAAUUAACUUGCUAUCAGUUUCUGUGCUCUUAUUUAAUUGUUCUUUAGCUGUUUUAAUAUAUUUUGUACAUUGCUUGUGACAUAUGUGCAGAAUGUGAUACUAUAAUAAUAGUGCUGAAUUCAAAAAGUACCAAAUUACCAAAAGGAAAAGAAGAAUCAAGCACACAUUGGUUGUACUCCCGACUCUUCCUGUGCAAGCCUUGAGUUCAAAGCUGACAACAGAGUAUAAGUGGGUAGGGCAAUUCAUCUAUAAGUGUAUAUAAGUGGUCCACAGAAGAUGUGAGAACUUUGGAUUUGGCCCACCAACCAGGUCCAGUCCUGCCCCCUUGACAUAAAAUAAUAAAUGGAUAACAGAACCAGGAAAUAAGUGAACACAAACUCUUGGAGUAGUAAGAGCAGUUGAUAAAAGAAAAAAAAAUGUGGGCGUGUAUCCAUUAAUUAGAGUCAGUUUCUCUACUUGUAGUUCUUGUAAGACCCUUCCCUAACACACCAGAUUGCUCUUUAAACCCAGAAAUGUUUAAAGAUUUUUAUAGCAUUCCCCUAUAACAGCUCUUUGACAAAUUCCCAGCCACACCCCACUUUAGUGUGUCAUACUUAUAGUUCUUGUAUUCAAGUCAGAUUAUGGGAAUGACUGAGUUACUGGGAAAGUAUUGAAACACAAGAACAUCUCAACAGAUUAUACAAUAUUUACCUUAUCAUAAUUGAUGCUCUGAAAAACUCAGAAUUCCCAGGUAUGCAGCAUAUUAGUAGGAACCAUAGCUGCCAAGUUAUCCCUUUUUUAAGGGAUUUUCCCUAAUGCUGAAUAGGCUUCCUCGCGAGAAAAGGGAAAACUUGGCAGCUAUGGUAGGAACUAUUCCUUGAGCAGUAAUUUAGAAGCAGCUUGCAUAAAUGGAAGAAACUGGGUUGCUCAAGCAAGAACGCCCACCCCCAUUCUCCAGCUGUAGCCUCCUGCUGGGCGAUAGCGGCUAGGAGGGGGUAACCGAGUGAAGGCAGCUUACAUAAGAGCAGCUCUACUCAAAUACUGCCCUUAUCUAAUUACCCCCUUCCUCCACAUCUCAGGCAUUUUGUGCUGUCCCUGGACCCUUGAGAAGCUAUUCAGGAGUGUUGGGGAAUAUAGUGGGAAGAGGGGUAAGAUCAGUGCUUUUUUCUGGGGGGGGACUCAGGGAUACACAUACCCCUAAACAUUUUGUGAAUCUAAGUUUGGCCUCAUUGAAGGGCAGUAUUUCAAUAUGAGUAGGAAAAUGAGAGUACCCCUAAACAUUUCUUUUUAGAAAAAAAGCACUGGGUAAGAUAAUUCCCCUUCUGCAACUGCAGCACUAGAUACCAACAGCAAGCUCCAUCAAUUUAUUAAUCUGUACUCCUUUUAGCACAAAACAAGCUACUUAAAUACUUUCAAACACUUACUGGUUUUUCAAGUACAAUGGGAUGAUCGGGAAGAAAUUCUGGUUUCUUUUGGGCAAGUGAAACCUUUGAAAGCUUCAAGAGGAAAUCUCUACUAUAUGUUAUUCUCUCUGUCAAUGCAAAUUUUAAAUUUUAAGUAUUGUGCUGAAGAGUACAUACAUGCAUGAAACAGCUCGUGAAAAUUAUAAAUUAAACUAUUUUUAUGGUGAUUUAUGAUUCUUACAUCAUUGGCAAGUGAGUGUUUGUGGAAGUUGCACUUUAAUAGACUGGGAUUUCUACAGACUAUGGGAUACCCAUUUAUACAGUUUUAAAGUUGAGAGUUCUAUACCAUUAGCAAUAUUGAGAAGGGACAGGAAAUGUCAACCAGUUGAAACCGAGUUUAGCUCAUGUACCUCCGAUGCACAAAAAGUUGUCUUGCAAUGAGCUUUGUGUACUGAAGGAGCUCCUGAACACAAGUAAAUCUCCAUUUUACUCAGUCAAAUCAAUUCCCAAGUUUUAUGAACUUUAAAAAAUAGAACAAGACUAACAUUGCAAUCUGAGAUAAAUUUUGUGUAAAUAUGCAAAGAUCGUUGCAUGUUUCCUCAGUGAUUGCCUGAAGCCUCUCACUCAAUCCUGAGACAACGUAAAAGGGCCCAUCAAGACAUGUCCCAAAUUUAAAAAUUGGCUUUUCAAUAGUCCAUACACCUCCAGUUUAUUAGUAUAGUUCAGUACUUCUACUCACAAUGUUUACCUUUUGUGACUUCAGGUUUAUGCUGCUCUGACAGUGUAGGAAUCAGACUGUCAUUUAAAACCAGCAUUCCAUUAGACUUGCACAUCUAAAAACAAAAUAAAAUACUGGUGUUUUACUGCAGUCUAGAAUUCAUCUAAGCUGUUCAUGCAAAUAUAGCUCUAUGUGAGGCUACCUCUGAAGGUGACCCGGAAACUACAAGUAAUCCAGAAUGCAGCAGCUAGACUGGUGACUGGGAGCGGCCACCGAGACCACAUAACACCGGUCUUGAAAGACCUA